AUGGAGCCGUCGAAAGGAUCGUCCGCGCUCUUCAGCGUAUUCUUGCGAUUACGGCCCAGCACUACCGACAACGAGCGAUUCUUGGACGUCGAAGAACCAACAGAAGACGCGCCGACGCCGACACAUAUCACGAUCAAGCCAUCUGCAAAUGACAAGAGAAAACGGGCGGUUGAGAGAUUCGCAUUCACCAGAGUCUAUGAGGAAAAUGCAGGACAACGAGACAUCUUCGAUACUGCAGGAAUUUUGCCCAUGAUCGAGGGCGUUCUUGGAGCGCCGGGAAGAGAAGGACGAGAUGGUCUGCUCGCAACGCUGGGUGUGACUGGAUCGGGGAAGGUAUAUAGCAAGAGAAAUAGCCAUACCAUUCUUGGCUCCAAAACGCAACGAGGUCUUACUCAACUGGCUCUUGACGUGCUAUUCCGAUCAACCGAGCCUCAGCUUGCCGACGCCGACUCGAGUGACUACACAUACAAUUCUCUAAUCGCCGCAGAUGCCACAGAGUCCACGCUCUUCCGAGCACAGGACUUCCUGGACAGCAUCUACGACAACGGCAAUGUCUCUCGACUCUCACGAGCCGCAACGCCUGCAUUGAACCCGUCCAAUCAUACCCUGCACCACUCUCCUUCUAAAAACCACCUUACCAGAUUCACUCGCAGCAUCGCCAAACUUACACAGUCUUUUCGUGAGCAGGAGUCGUCCUUCCUUUCUGCCCCGGGUGCGAAGCGUUAUACCCCUCGUGUUUCUGUCCUGCCCACCUCCCCUUCCAUCGACGAUAUUGCAAUGGAAAUCGACGAGAGUGCCGAGUAUGGCAUUGUUGUCAGCAUGUACGAAGUCUACAACGACCGCAUCUUCGACCUGCUGACGGCAACCGCGUCUGGAAAGUCGCCGGCAAAGAGGAGGGCAUUGUUGUUCAAGAGCACGGAAGGCUCGCCUGAGCGCAAAGUUGUCGCUGGUUUGAGGAAGGUGAUCUGCUCCAGCUUGGAAGAAGCGUUACUGGUGCUCGAGACUGGUCUUCAAGAGCGUCGAGUGGCCGGCACUGGUAGCAACGCCGUCUCUUCUCGCAGUCACGGCUUCUUCUGCAUUGAUGUCAAGAAGCGGCAUCGGGGUCGUGGAAUACCGGGUCCUUGGACGAGCAGCACCAUGACCAUCGUCGAUCUUGCAGGCUCCGAGAGGGCUCGUCAAGCAAAGACCGCAGGCGCCACGCUCGCAGAAGCCGGCAAAAUCAACGAAUCACUCAUGUAUCUUGGACAGUGCAUGCAGAUGCAGUCUGACAACUCACACAACCCACCACAGAAAGCGAUCAUGAUUGUGACAGCAGAUCCUCUAGGCGAUUUCAACGCAACAUCCCAGAUCCUACGAUAUUCUGCGUUGGCUCGAGAAGUCACAGUUCCUCGUAUCCCAAGCAUCACCUCACAAAUCCAGGCCGGCACAUCAUACCCAGAAUCUAAGUGCGGAUAUGCAUCCGGUCGUCAGACUCCAUCAAGCGUCAUGCAAGAUCUCGAAGGCGCACUGACCGAGAUCACUCGUCUAAGAGAAGAGCUCGAGAUCACACAAGUCCGGCUCGAAGAAGAGACGAAUCGUCGCAUGGAAGCCGAAGCCGCUUGGGCACAAUCCGAAGUCCGCAUCGAUGCGAUCGAAGAGCAGAUCCGGGCCGAAGUGUACGAUGAGAUGGAUGCCAAACUCGAAACCGAGCGGAGAAGAUGGCGCGCGGCUCGAGACGAAGAGAUGGAUCGACAAGACGAGCACAUGGACCGAAAAAUCGACCUUCUCACGCUGAGUAGUCUGGCAUUGAAGGGACCUGGGAGAAAAGUCAGCGCUCAGCAGAAUGGUCGUGUUUCUGAGCUUGAAGAUGAGAAUGCUAGACUUCGAGCGCAAUUGGCGAAUAUGGAGCGUGAGAAGGGGCCGAGGAGUCCGAGUAAGAAAAUGCGAGUGCUCAAGACUCGGAAGUGGGAGGGUGAGGGUAUGAGCUUUGAUGAUGGUCUUUGA